AUGUCGUCAGCGGAAGCUAUAAGAUUGCGCGUACGGCAGCAAAAUAAACGCGCCACAGCAUACACGCUGGUUAAGGAUAUGAAGUGCAUACUGUGGGUGCUAAAAGUGUUGGGUAUCUUGCCGAUUUUCAAAGUUGUACACGCGUAUAAAAUUGCGCUGCCGAAAGGGCGCAGCUACGCAACGCUUUACACCAGUCUCAUGCGGCUCCUCGACCUCAUUGCCAUCUUACUGUACAUCUACAUUGUGUACUCGCCCUUUGCCAGUGGCGUAAUUUUCACCUACGGCGAAAUGGAUAACGUGACCAUAGCGAUACAGAUUCUGCUCGGCAUCAUCAGCAGCGCCUUUGUCUUGUGGAAGAGUGCACGAAAGUCGCAGAAUUUCAUAAUUAUCAUUAAUCAGCUGCUCGCCGUGGACAAAGAGCUGCAACAGCAUCCACACGCACCGGCGCCCUUGGAAAAUAGUUGCGCGCCACACGACCGCUACACGUGGCUACUGUUCGUACACACCGUCACCGUGUGUGUCGUGAAAUGGCUGAGUGUGCAAGAUUGCGCGUCGAGUCUCUACUGUGUGGCUAUGUACUUUCUCUAUCAUCAGCUGCACGCUAUAAUUAACAGUUAUGUGAUCUUCGUGGCGACCAUGUUGCAUUUGUUGGCGGUGCGCUUUAGGUAUUUGAAUGAUUUCAUCAAAACAUAUACGGUGUUGAAGCAUAAUACCACUGCGGAUAAUGUCGAGUCCGCUUUGGCGUCCUUCUCAGCCGACAUGUUGUUCUUCUACCGCACGCAUAACAAUCUGCUGGCGACCUUCAAAAAGCUUAAUGAAUUCGUGCACACUGCACUGCUGGCUUUCAUCGCCUACUUCUUCUACACCAGCACGCUGUCCGUGUAUCAAUUCUACCUGGCGGCAAAACUAGAUGAUAUGAAUUUGAGGGCAAUAGUUUGGUGCUUCGUCUUUCUUUUCAUCCAUGCCCCGAUCGCGGCAUUGCUGAUGCGUCAGAGUGACGCGGCAACGAAGGAGGCUAAUGCGACAUCGAACGCUGUGGCGCGCGUCUACGGCCGAGACACGGCGCAGCAGAGACUGAUCGAUAAAUUUCUUACAAAAAGCAUUAAACAGGAUGUGCAGUUCACCGCUUAUGGCUUCUUUGUCAUCGACAAGUCCACGCUUUUCAAGAUCGUCUCAGCUAUCACGGCAUAUCUGGUUAUUCUAAUACAAUUCAGACAGCUGAAGGAUGCGAGAGCUGAAGCCCCAGCGGAUGAAGUUUAUAAAAAAGCUUUUUAAAUCGUGAAGCAUUUUAAUUUAAAUAAAAGAGGAGGACCUAGUACCACCAGGUUUAGGCGAAAUGUGCUCUGCUUGGUGCCCUUUAAAGCAAUGGGU